AUCUGCCAGUUGAUGUAGCUUUGAGAAUACAGAAUGCCUCAUGUGAAAAACCUCUCGUCCUCAUCCAAUGGCGCCACUAUCACUUUGGGAGAGUUUUCUACCCUUGAAGAUAUACAUAUUAAGCAGAAGCAAAACCUGCAUCAGCAUCUCUGGACAAGAAAUGAGAAUGAGAAACCAGCAAAUAUCGCCAGAGUUCUAGUCGACAGAGAUGGAACCACGUCAAGUGACGCAAUCAGCUCGUCGUCCUGGUGCGGGGGCUUCAUCGAUUAUAUAGACCUGCUGUGCGCCGCUACCAGGCAGUUCAUCUCAGUCGCAGCAUGUAGAGCAACUUGUCAUUGCUGGCAUCGUUGUGGUCCAUGUUUGGGGCCUCACGGCACCGAAAGUCGUUUCUUGCGAGACAUCAGUAUCACACACCGCCCAUGCGCGCCAGGAGGCGUCGUGAAUCCGAAGCGGUUCCUCGUCUUCGAUGGGGAGGACGAGGAGCGAAGACACGCGCGACGAAGCCUGCCGAAACGUCCAGGAGCCGCAAUCUGCUCUGCUCCUGCUUCACCUUACGGAGAUUACAGAGGAAGGCAA